AGGCGCACGACGAGAAAGAAGCAGCCCACUUUUUCAUUUUCCGGCUCCGUUUUCUCGUCAAUUUUUUUUCUUGGUUUCUUCUCUCGCUCGCUUCUCUUCUCUGCUCUCCCCCUUCAUUCCCCGCACCCUCCCGCUCGCGCCAAUCUGCUUCCCCAUCUCGUCUAGAAAAGCUUUGAGAACCUUCGGAGGGCGGAGAUCGGCGCCCCCGGCCGCCCGGCGAUGGUCUCCUGGCGGCGCAGCGCGUCCUGGCUGUCGUCUGCCUCCCGCUCCUCGCUCGGCGGCGCCGUCGGCGGGGAGGCGAAGGUCACGCCGGAGGUGGAUCCGGCGGCCCAGGAGGUGGUGGAGGAGGAGGAGGUUGACGAGGAGCGGUGGUCGCGCCUGCUCCCGGAGCUGCUCACGGAGAUCGUGCGGCGCGUCGACGCCGGCGCCGAGCGGUGGCCGCUGCGGCGGGACGUGGUGGUCUGCGCCUGCGUGUGCCGGCGGUGGCGGGACGCCGCGUUCUCGGUCGUGCGGCCGCCGGUCGAGGGUGGGAGGAUCACCUUCCCGUCGUCGCUCAAGCAGCCUGGACCCGGGGAUGCACCAAUGCACUGCUUUAUCAGGAGGGACAAAAAGAACUCAACCUUUUCCCUCCACCUCAGCUUAACGCAGGCCCUAACGGAUAAAGGGAAGUUUCUUUUGGCUGCUCGAAGGUUCAGACAAGGAGCGCAUACAGAAUAUAUAAUCUCUUAUGACUACGAUGAUCUUCACCCAGGAAGCACUUCAUAUAUUGGAAAGUUGAGAUCUGACUUCCUGGGGACAAAAUUCAUCAUCUAUGAUAGCCAGGCACCGUAUGAUGGUGCUAAACCUGCGAGGAGCCGAUCUAGUCGCCGCUUUGCAAGCAAGCAGAUAAGCCCGCAGGUUUCAGGAGGCAAUUACGAAGUAGGACAAGUGACAUAUAAGUUCAACUUCCUGAAAUCAAGAGGACCAAGACGAAUGCAGUGCAGUAUCCAGUGCCCUGUAGGUCAGGGUGCUGCAUCAGAUCUUUCCAAGGAGAAAACACCUGCCCCAAAUUCCUUAGAUCUAAAGAACAAAGCUCCACGGUGGCACGAGCAUCUGCAAUGCUGGUGCUUAAAUUUCCAUGGCCGGGUGACCGUGGCCUCUGUGAAGAACUUCCAGCUCGUUGCCACGGCUGGAUCCGGUGGUCCGUGGGGUGUUGGAGACGAGGAGACGGUGAUCCUGCAAUUUGGUAAGAUAGAGGACGAUGCGUUCACGAUGGACUACCGGCAGCCUCUGUCAGCCUUUCAGGCGUUUGCCAUCUGCCUCACCAGCUUUGGCACGAAGCUGGCUUGUGAAUAAGUGACUCGGGUUGUUUACCUUGUUAUGUGGGGGGUCAAAAUGUAGCUGGUAGUCUGAACUAGUUGCCCUGAGCUGGGAGAAAAAGGCAACAAGAAACAUGGGUCACAUUUUGCCCCUAGCUUGGCUGUUUCUUGUGAUCGCCUAAUGAUUUGAGUUAUAUGGAUGUGCAUCUAUGUUGUUUAAGAGAUGACGAUGACUUGUUGUAAAUGUUACCCCCUUUCUUUUGGUGAGAUUACUCAUAAUGACUUGUUCCCAUCUA